AUGUCUGCCGUGCGUACUUCCAUGCGCGGCAUCCAUAUCUUAAUUUGGUCGUAUCUCGUGGGACCGAGCAACAUGCAACUGGGCCUAGCGCGUGAUGCAGGAGGACGCAGGUUGGAGGUUAGGUGUGGUCAGACGCACGAUGACAAGUCACUUGCUUCACCUUCAAGCAGGAAAUACCGCGUGGUGUUGGAGGUCUUCAUCUCUGCCGUAAGAGCGCACCUGCAACUCGCCGUGCGCAGCUUCCUCCACAUUCUGAGAUGGUUGCCAUCCAACGAGACGUACAAACACAGAAGACAGGGCUGGAAAAUGGAAGUUGUUCGAGAGAACUUUCGCAUCAAACGUCAGUUGUUCGUCGGAGGCACCUAUUUCCUGUGGCGAGUGUCAAGCUCAGAUAUUCGGCUUAUCACAAAGCGUCCAAACCAGUGCCUGUAUGAGCAGGGUAACGAUGCGAUAAAACAGCAAACCUUCCUGCAUUAUGUUUCGAACCUCUGA